GUUUCUUUGAAAUUAUUAUUAAAGAACAAGAGUUCAACUUGUUCAAAAUACACAAUUUGUCUAAACAAAAAUAAACUGAUCUCACUUUGAACAAAUCACUAUGAAUUCGGUAAUUUUUAUUGUACUUGCAUUGUUUGCCAUCAAUAUUUUGGCUGCUCCCUUAGAUGAUUCAAAAAUUGCACAAAUAAUUUCUUAUGAAAAUGAAAAUCUUGGAAUUGAUGGAUACAAAUUUUCCUUUGAAACUAGCGAUGGUACAAAAAGAAGUGAAGAAGCAACUCUUAAAAAUAUCGGUAAAGAUAACGAAGCUAUAUCAGUUCGUGGAACAAUUUCAUGGCUUGGAGCAGAUGGAAUAACUUAUACAAUUAAUUUUCUUGCUGAUGAAAAUGGUUAUCAACCAGAAGGAGAUCAUAUUCCUAAGGCAUAGAGAAAUUUAAAUUAUAAAUUGAUUGAAACAUAAUUAUCUCUUAAUACAAAUAAUUUGGUCAA